AUGCCGAGACGAAUGUCCGGACAUUCUCGAAGGAUUAGCGUUCUGGUCUUGAUAACUGUGCUAUGUCUAAAAGCAACAGCUUUCGAGGUUGAAGCGGCAAGUGAGGAGGGGAAAAGCCGGCCGAGAGAAUCGAUACCGGGACCUGUCGUUGCGGCCGGAACAGGAUUGACGCUGACGCUGCUGCCCAACAACCGAUACGGCGCGAAAUGCCUCGACGGCAGUCCGCCAGGGUACUAUUUCCGCCCGGGAUUCGGCAACGGCAGCAGCGCGUGGCACGUGCACUUGCAGUACGGCGGGUGGUGCAGCACGCUGGGGGAGUGCCGGUGGCGCAGCCACACGUGGCUCGGCUCUUCCAACGAGACUCAGCAAAACCAGAACCCCUGGAAACAUGCGAAUUGGGGUUACAUGGGGAUUCUCAGCCGGAAUCCAGUCACCAAUCCGCGCUUCUACAACUGGAAUCUCGUGGUCCCGAUUUACUGCGACGGUGGCGGGUUUGCCGGGCGCGCGGGGUUCAAGAACUGGAGCGAGACGGAGGGCGUGUAUCUGGACGGUUGGAAAAUCAUCAAAGCUGUUCUCACAGACGUUACAGAUUUCAAGGGCCUGAAGACGGCGUCGCAGGUGCUGCUGUCGGGGGUGUCGGCGGGAGCCGAGGCGGUGGUGACUCUGUGCGACCAGCUGCCCGCCCUCGUGCCCUCCGCCAAAACCACCAAGUGCCUCAUGGACUCGGGCUUCUUCCUUGACUCUUUGGACGUGGACCAGCAACCAGCGUUCCGCAAGAGAAUUCAGCAAGUGGCGCAGCUGCAUGACUUCAUUGGCAACCCGCGAUGCAGCAGAGCCACUAACGAGACAAAAAAGUGGCGCUGCUUCUUCCCAGAGUACUCCCUUCCGUUCGUCCGAUCGUCCUUCUUUAUCGUCAACUCAUUGUUCGACGUGAAGGCCCUCACACUUGGUAACGAGCUGCCAUCGAAUAACAUGACAUACGCUUAUGGGUGUCUAGAGGAAAUAAUGGCUAUGCCCAACCUGAGGCGGUCCAUUCCAAGCACACCAUAUAAGAAUCUUGCAUUAAGGAAUCGGAAUAGGAAGUGUACACUCGAGGCAAGUAGGGCUGUGCUUGCCUACUCACAGAAAAUGUGGACGACCGUUGGUGGCAUGGAGGAUAAGAAGCUGAAGGCUUUUCUUGCUUGGUCUAACAAGCAUGGGAUUAUGGUGGACGGUGCUUGGGCCACCAUGAAAGAAGAUGGGGUGUUUUUGCGAGAUGCUGUAGCAGACUGGUAUUUUUCGUCAUGA